UCGCCAAGUCGGGAGCGUGUGUUCACGCCCCUCUCUUGCGUCUAAGCAAGCUUCGCCUUCCACCGCAAAAGUCUCUUUUAUGGAAAAUAAAUCAGAACGCUUGAGGGAUUGAGGGGAAAGAGUGUUAUAUAGUUGGGGAGAGCCGAGAGAACUAGACGAUCAUCUGAAGCAACGUGGAGAUGGAUAAUAUACUGUGCGAUGAACUCCUUCAGGAGAUUUUCAUGAAGCUUCCACCUUCUUCGUCUUCCUCAGUCUCCCUCGUCUCCAAGCGCUGGCUUUACCUCUUUCGUUCUUCCAGAACCUCCCUCUCUCUUCGCCUUCUCCCUCGCUUCUCUGAUAUUGCUUCUCUCUCUUCCCUCCUAUCUGACCACUCAUCUCUCUCCUCUCUGUCUCUCUUUCUUUCCUCCGACUCCGCCUCCGCCGAUUCCGCAGUCUCGGACUAUGUCCUCGCCGUCGUUUCCUCUCGCUGCUCCCGGCUUCGUGCUCUGAGAUUCAUGUCCGGGCCAGUUUCCCUGUCCUCUCUGAAUUCUCUCUCCACCGCUUGUACUUGUUUGACUUCUCUUUGUAUUAACCUCCCCAGGCCCGUCUCUCUUAGGUGGGUUUUGUCUUUUCCAUCCCUGAGAGAACUCGCGAUUACCUGGCCCUCCUCCGGCGGACAAGAAAUUGAUCCGAGCAAUCAAUUUGAGGUUUGGGAAAGUGAUGAAACCGUUGCAGAGUUAGGGUUGCAAAGUCUGUGCUUGGUGGGCAUACGAAGAGACGAUUGGGGAGCGGGAUGGUUAUGGAGGAGCUGCAAGAACCUGAAGAAAUUGAGGCUCCAGAGUUGCCAAGGAAUCGGUGGGCCCUACUCCUCCUUUGUUCAGUGCCUGCGAAAUCUUGAAGAAAUUGAACUGAGAACUUGCAGAAGCGUGGUUGAUGGGGUCCUCUUGCAUCUAGCUGAAAAUUGUCAGUUUCUGAAUUCCCUUCUGGUUUACGAUGGUGGAAGCCGAGACGGUCUGCUUCACUUCUUCUUUCAUUGCCGGUCCAAUUUGCAGAAGCUCGACCUUCGUCUACCUCUGGACCUCAACAACGACCACCUGUCAGCUAUGGCGGCGAAUAUCAGAGGCCUUUCAAGCCUAAGGCUUCAGAAUUGCUGUCUUGUGACAGGUGAAGGUCUAAAGCUUCUUGGCACAUCAAUGGCCUCUUGUGGGCUUGAAGAACUGGCACUGAUAAAUUGCGAUGUGGUAGAGAGAGAAUCGGGGUUGCUUGCAACUUUGGGACAGCAGCUGAGGCAAUUAAGGAAAUUGGACUUGUCGCAUAAUGAGUUGUUGCUUGAUAAGGAAUUCAUUUCAAUGUCAGUUUCUUGUACUCAUCUGAGUGAUCUGAAGCUGAGAGGAUGCAAGGGACUCACAAAUGCAGCUAUGAUUUCUGUGGUUAGGAGCUGCAAAUUCCUAGAAAAUGUGGAUAUCAUGCAUUGUGGUGGGAUAGAAUCUGAGGCUGUCGAGGUGUUUGUUGAGAAAUCUCCCAAGUUGAGAAGAAUAAAUGUGGAGGAGAACAAGCUGUCUAAUGCAGCAAAAAUGUGGGCAUCAAAUAGAUGCAUUGAAGUUGUUUAUUAAUAAAUGAUUUUGUGAAUGUUGAAGUCGAAGGCGGCAAGUGUAUCAUUAAUUAUUUCCCAGUUUCGGAUAACCAGGUUCGCCCGGCUGAACUCUGUAUUAUCUCAUAUGGUUUCUGUAAUUUAUGUUUGGAACGUGACAAGCAGUGUCUGUUCCACAAGAUUUGCAAUUUAUGCAUGGAAUCAGUCAGUCAGGUUUUUUUUUUUUUUUCGUUUUUGUGCUGAGUGGGAAAAUUGUAAAGAUUUGGAAGCCUAUUCUCAAAUUCUUUCAGCAGUUAAAGUGACAUUUAAACGAGGAUUCUUGAAUAAAAA